AACUCCAUCAAGUUUGCGCAUAUACUACAACCGUUUAUACCGAUAAUGAAUUCACAGGUUUACAUAUUCAAGCAAUUCAAUCAUACUCGGACGGUACGGCUUUAAUAAAGUUGGGCAAUAGUGACCUUGAAAAAAAAGGAAUUCUUGUUAUUCGACUUCUUCAUCUGAACGGGUCUAUGACUGCCUUUGAUAUACAACCUCGUUGUGAUAGACCACCCUGUCCACCACGAUGGUUGUAUCCUUUAGGGAGCAACUACAUUUUUGUGACCUAUAUGCCAACUAAUUUACGAGAUACAUAUGGACUUGUAGUCGAUUGGAACGGAAAGAUUAUUUCCAGUGAUAUACCACUCGGUUUGACUGACUAUAACGAUCAUUAUGACAAUUAUGGCCAAGCAUUAACAAAAGCCUUUCAGCCUAAUAUUGAUCCCAAUGAAAACUUUUUAUGGACGAACUCUUUCAAUUAUAAAUUUACUAAUUCAAUUAGUUGGAUGAUAUUCUCUGCACCAAACGCUAGUGGAGUAAUUGAUCUGAUUUCUCAGGGUGUUUUAUCAAUAUCCAAUACUACUAUUUUAGUAGAUUUUAAACCUUUUUCAACAAUAGAAGGUGGUUUCGGUCUGGCAUAUUUGACUCGGGUGCCUAUUUUAUCUAAUCUUAAUGAUGCGAAAGUGUUUCAAUCGUCUAAGCCACAAUGGCAUAUCUAUGUGACAUUCAUGAAACCUGGAUCUGCAGACUUUAGUGAACCGGCGCUUAUAUAUCAAACAACCAUACCAUUAAGUUGGGGGUUAUUAACUAGCUGCUUUACAGCAGUAGAUGCAUCAGGGUACGGUUGCAUUUAUCGUGCUCCAUGGGUUGACGUAAGACAUUCACUUAUUUCCUUCCAUUCGAGCGGUUCUGUUUCAGUUGUUGAGCAAAUAAUCGUUCCGAGUCACUCGACAAAGUUAGUCCUAGGUGUGACACCACUUCCAUUCGGUGGCUUUCUGACGGCGACCGAGGAUGCAGUAACGAGCACAAAAAAGGUCUUUGUUGGUAAAGUAUCUCAGAGCAACGGAACCGUUGUAAGCGAAACAAUAUUGCCGACGAAUCCGCCAAACUAUUAUGGAGUUUUCCCCAACAAUACUUUAUAUGUUUUAUCGAAUACUAAUGAUAAUUUUGCUGUUAAUUUUUAUUAUGAUCAAUUCAUUGAAAUAUAUUGCUUCUUAGAUAACGGAUUCGGUAAUUUGCUAAUUGACUCUGUUCAACCAACACUGCAAUCGUUGGUUGACGCAGAGUUACGUAAUAUAUCAAUUUUUUUCCGUCAAGAAGUACGACUUUCCGACAAAAACGUCUCAAUCUACCAGUAUACUACUACAGAACCUCUUCUUCGACAAACAUUUGCAGCGCAAUCCCAAUAUUGCUUAUUGCUGAAUGACAAUAAGACAGUAUCGUUUCAAGUUCUCUCAAGCACGUUCAAUUCUCCGAGGUCCUCUUACUUUGUAAUAAUGAAUAAUAACUUUGUCAGUAGCAUGUCACAAAAUCAAGCAAUUACUGGGGUAUCAGAAGGAUAUUGGACGUAUACGACAGCAACAACAACUGGCCUAUUGUGGUUAACCCCAGAGGGAUCAACGUUUUUCAACAACCUUGGCAAAGAAGAUAAAGAAGCCUUUUUUAAUGAAAUAUUGAGUGAACUUUCCGAAGUGAUACCGAUUGAUAUUGAACGUCUAUCAACUAGCAAACAUCAUCAACCUGAUCCUAAGGCGACUAAUCAGAUUCGAUUUCCCAUAACGAUUGAGAGCACAAAGGAUCCACUUGAUCGAACCGUUCAACAAGUUAUUAGUGACCUGGACACAUUGAUAAAAAACAAAGAGGUCAGUCCAAUUUCCUUCAAGAAAUUCGCAUCAUACUUGGACAGCACGUACGGAUUUCAACCGACGCCAAAUCUCUGGGAAAGUUACAAGCUCAAGUUGAUCUAUGUUGCAAUAGGAGUUAUCAUUCUGGGUGCGAUUUAUUAUAUGGCAAGGUUGAAAAAUCAAAAGGGCCAGAACUUUGUGAUCAUCAAAGUAACUCUUAUGCUAGUAGAUUUAAUUCUUGAUAUAGCUUUCGUUGUUACUAACGGUAAAGAUGUCAGUUGGCUAUACUGGCCAAGCAUCCUUUACCUUGCGAUCCCAUUAUGCUUCAACAGUCUGAUUACCAUUAUCUUGCUAACUUCAGAAAUCAAUGAAAAUGAAAAGUUUCAUUUAUGGUUUCGGUCGUAUUCAAAACCAGCAGCGUUUUUAACAAUAUUGGCAGCGACAGAUGUUGAGGCAAUUACACUCAUGUCAUCUAAACUGUUUGGAUUUCAGAUUUUCAGCGCACCCUUUUCAACAAAAGUAGAAACCUGGACCUUUUGGGCUGGAUUUUGUAAUUUGUUUAUUGAAGAUGCACCACAGCUUAUUAUUCAAAUCUUAUACAGGCAAUUCACUGUCUCCUAUGACAUUAUUCCAUUAUUGACCUUGACAAUGAGUUCAAUAAUUUUAAUUAGUAAUGUCAUUGGUCAUGUGUAUAAUGGAAUUCACAAGUGUAACGGUCAUCGGUUUAAUUUGGUACCAAGUGUGGAAGCAAAAAAGGAUGAAAUAUAA